AUGAAGUUUGAUAUCUUCCUCACAUCAAGACACUGCAAAGAAACAUUGAGAAUCAUCACGAUGAUCGCAAUUUCUCGGAGAUGUGGAUUGCCCACCUCGGGACUUGCCGCCCCUGUGAAUUCGAGCACUGUGUUACAGGAUUAUGAAUUUGUAUUCGAAGAUCAGUGGAGAACACGUACCGAGCCUGACCCGACACUGUUUUCUCCGGUUUACGGUGGCAGCGCCGAGUCCACUGAAGAUCGCUUUCCAUGCGUCGAAACCCAACACCUGUAUAGAUUGGUAGAAAUGAUGCAAGAUGCCAUCAACCUUUGGCUUCAGCGUGACGUUUCCCUGAGGCCGCCAUAUACAGAUGUCACGCUGGGUCUUGAAUCCUUGGAGGCUAGGAUAUUAUGCCUGCCAUCAGCACACGAUCAGUCUUUCCCAUACAGCAAUGAUUUCAUCUACGAGUCUUGCCGACUAACGUCAGUUCUUAUGGUUCGCUCAGUGCAGACGAUCAGCAAUUGGAAAAUCACAGCCGAAAGAGAGUCCUUACUCCGCCCACUUCGAGAAGCUCUCAAGAGAACGGAUCUGGCAGGCCUCUGGGGAAAUAAACUCGGACUUCUGUAUUGGGUCGUUCUCGUCUUUUCCUGUGCGGCUUUUGGAACUCCCGACUAUCUUCUGGGCCACUCCAUCUUGCUUAUGAUCCACUUUGAGCUGACGUACACGAAAACCGACUGGCAUGGAGCGUUGAUGCCCAUGAUUGCUCUCAAGGACAUCAUAUCCUUUUGCGACAUGCGAAGAUGUUGA